AUGGUCUCUCUUCAAUCAUUGGGCCUCAUCCUUGCCCUUUAUGGGCUCGGAAUUCAGGCAGCACAAUCCCAAGAAGCACCAGGAGUCGAGCAUCAUGAAGUCUCUAUCUUAGACUUAGUUCGCAAUGGUACAAUCACGGAUAGUGGCACUGUCAGUGCGGCAUAUAAGUACUCAUUGCCUGAACCGAACCGAGAAGACCGCUUUGAGGUUGACGGUAUCACCUUCUACAAGUUCCCAGAAGGAGGAGUCCACGUCCCUUCUGGUUUCUGGGAUGAACGUGACAUCUCUUUCCACAAUGCAACCGAGUAA